CCUCUCGCAACCAUCCGCAGAAAUGGCCCACUGGCGCGACUCACUUCUCCUCAAGGUAGCCAAUGUCCUGAGCUACAUCCUCUUCCUCGGCUCGAACGGGUACGGGGCCCUUGGCCCUCAAUCGGGCAAGUGGUCAGCGGGUGGAGCCCGCGAGACGUUUAUAACCCCUGAGAGCUGGUUUUUCGGAGCGUGGGGCCUCGUUCACUUGCUCCUUCUCGGCUUCAUCGUCUAUCAAUUUCACCCCUCCGGGUACCAUCCUGCUGUGGAGGGGGUGGGCUGGCGCUUCUCCCUGCUGGCCGUCCUCAACGCCCUUUACGCUCAGUUGAGCUCAAACGGUAGCGGCAAGGACAAAGACGCUCGUAUCUCUGCCAUCUUGGCGUUCGUUGUCAUGCUUGUGAUCGCCGCUACGGUCAGCACUGUAUUCCAUCAGCUCAAGACGAGCCACAAGGCCAAGAAUGCUCUCGACACCGUCGUCGUGCACCUCCCCUUCAGCAUCUGGCACGGCCUCUCGGUCGUCCUCGCUGUCGUUGCAGGCUUCGCCGCCUUUGGCCCUGACGCCCAUUCGCACAAGCCUGGCGUCCUCAGCGACAUUGCCGUCAUCAUCGGCCUUGUCUUCCUGGAGGGCACCGCUGCGGGUUACGCCCUGUACGGCGAGGGUGACGUUGCCAGCGGACUUGUCGUUGCUUUGGCGCUCCUUGCCAUCUUCCAGCACCAGACUAUCGGCACGGCUGACAGGAUCAUUCACUACGGUGCUCUGAUCGCUUUCCUACUCUCGCUUCUCGCUGUUCUGAGGAGCGGUGUUGCUGCUAUUCAGGGUCGACGCUCGGCCGCUGCCGAGGAGAGGGCUCCUCUUCUCGGCUGAGCGCGGGCGAGGAUGUAACGCAGAAGGCUCAAAUGUGUAGAUCAUCGAAGCAUGGGAAGCAUGAGGGAGCGAAGGAGGCGAGGAACACAUCGGCAGUGUAGGUCGGAGAGACCAUUAGCAUUCGCACAAUGAGUUGACUAUUUGGAGCAUGGCCAAGUGUGACCCGCGCGAGAUUGUUGUCGGCGCAGUUGCUACGCAGCAUAGUGACGCGGAGCCAGGCCUUUGCUUUGACCUGGAGGCUUCGAUCAGCAACCUGCUGUCUUCUUAGAG